UGUGAUAGGUGACAGAGAAAAUGAAAGGAAGGAUAGUAAAGUUGUGUUGCUGAUUGGUGGAUGUGUGUCUCCCUGCAGGUACCAGCUGGUCUGACAGGAUACAAGCCUGAAGUCUUCAGCAAGUUCCUAGCCCUGUACCUGCACGGGGCCGUGUAGGUGUGUGUGUGUGUGUGUGUGUGUGAGUGUGUGUGAGUGAGAGAGAGAGAGUGUGAGACCGUCACCAGGCAAGUGUGUGUGUCUAUGAUCUAAACCAAUAUCUUACCAGACGAUAUUCUCCUUUCCUUUCAAACUGUCAAUAAACUGGUUCACAACAAUAUUACAUUGUCUGGACAAGUUGAACAGACUGAAACUACAAAACUCAUGUUAACACACUUGACUCCGUCAUCGUCUGUUCUUGCAACUGUAGGAGCUCACUCAAUAAAAUCACUUAUUUUGAAUGUGUACUUUUUUUUUUUUUUUUAGUUUUUAUGCCUUAUGGUGUACAUUGAAAAUGAACAACAUCCUUAUCAGUUCUGACAAAUGUUCCUCCUCAAAGCUGAGGAUAUAAUAACACACUAGUACUCUCAUGUGAAGAGACUGCAGUAACAGGCUCCUUUUGCAAAUAUGAGUUAUCUAAUAUGGGCAAAGUACCUAGAAGUGAUUUGAAUACCAACAUGUCUAAACAUCACAAUAGAAAGGAGAAAGUGCUCUUAAAUAUAAAUUUUGAUUAAUUAUUUACUUUUUCUUCUAAAAAUGACCAUUAUUUGGAAAAUUCACAUUAUGAUCACAAAAUGAAUAAUCUAAUACUAAGCCAAUUGCUGUGUGUUAUGUGUGUUUUCUAGUCGUGAGUCUAAGUCUUUGUUGGUAGUACAUAUUCAUGAUGCACUGCAACCUCACUCACAUUUCAAAUAUUAGACUGCAGUUUUAAUAACCUUUAAUAUAUCCCACUUGCAUCAUAAUUAUUUCACUUAGGAAUGUUUUCUAUGAAAAAUAUUUCAUGCCAGUCACGGUGAGGUCAUGUUAACAGCUGGUCUAACACGGUUAGCAUUUGAACAUGUUUAGUUAACUUAGUUAAUGAGGUUUUUAUUUUGAAAGGUAUUACUUGAACACCCUCUGCUGAUGGCGUUAUCUAGUCUAGUGUAAGGUGCUACCAACGUUUAGCUUGUGUUCAGAGAGAAGUUGGCAAAGGGAGGCCAUCCAGAAGAAGCACCACAGAAGAAAACAUAUUAACCAGACUGAGGAUUGGGCACACAAGGCUGAACAAAACAAUGCAACUAAUAAAUAAACACCCAGCAGGACUAUGUGAGCACUGCCAAAUACCAGAAUCUGUAGACCAUAUCAUUUGUCAUUGCCAGAAAUUCAGACUCGGCACAGGUUGAAGAGGAAGCUGGGAGUUGAGGAACUAAACCUAAAAGAUGCAUUAACCUUGGGGGCAGGAAAUGUACUACAAUACGUGAAAGAAACAGGAUUGAGUAAAGGAAUUUAAGUCACCGAAAUGAUAGAACUUCCUUUUUUUUUUUUUUUUUGUAAGGGGAUAGGUUACUCUAGUCCACACUCCAAUACAGUAGGUGGCGGGAAUGCACCUUUUACUGGAUGCCAUCCGCCAUAAAGCUUAAAAGAAGAAGAAGAAGAACGUUUAGUUUGACACUUCUACAUGUCGCUGUCAGCUUUGAAGAUGAGUUCCAGAGUGUCAGGUCAUCUGGAGAAAGCAGAGGAGGAGGAGGAGGAGGAGGAAGAAGAGGAAGACGAAGAAGGGAGCGUCAACCCGACAGAGGUGAAAAUGAGUCAGAUAGUGAUGCCCUGUCACAGCAACCAUCAACAGGAGCUGAGCGUGGGUCAGCUGCUCAAAUGGAUAGACUCCUCUGCCUGCCUGUCCGCUGAGCGGCAUGCUGGGUGUCCCUGCGUCACCGCCUCCAUGGAUGACAUCCACUUUGAACAUACCAUCAGCGUGGGCCAGGUGGUGAACAUCAAGGCAAAGGUCAACAGAGCCUUUAACACCAGCAUGGAGGUGGGGGUACAGGUGAGCUGUGAGGACCUGUUCCUGGAUCGGCAUUGGAGGGUUUGUCACGCCUAUGCCACCUUUGUUACCCAGCGCAAAAACACAGGACAAAAGGUGAUCUUGAAGCCUAUCGUACCCCACACUGAGAAAGAGCAGGUGGAAUACAGCGUGGCCGCUGAGAGACGGAGGGUCAGGAUGCUACACGAUGACAUCAUCAAAGAUCUACUCUCCCAUGGGUCCGUCCUGCAGGCUGACAGCUGGGCAGUAGGCAGUGCAGUGGCAGCAGAGAAGACCAAAGUGGAGAGUGUUGAACUGGUUCUACCACCACAUGCUAACCACCAGGUGAAUACAUUUGGAGGACAGAUCAUGGCCUGGAUGUUGAAUGUAGCUACAAUUGCUGCCAGUCGUCUCUCUCAGGCUCACCCAACUCUGCGGACCAUCGACAUGUUCACCUUCAGAGGGCCUUCUCAGGUGGGAGACAGACUGCUGCUGAGGGCUAUAGUCAACAACGCCUUCAAAAACAGCAUGGAGGUGGGGGUGCGAGCAGAAGCCGACCAGGAGGAAGGGCCUAACCGACACAUAAACUCUGCCUUCAUGACCUUCGAGGUGCUCGACGCCCACAGGAAGCCAUGUACGUUACCACGGAUACGACCCGAACCCUUGGAAGGGGGGAGGAGGUUUCAAGAGGCCAUAGCCAGGAAGAAGAUCAGACUGGACAGAAAGUACAUCAUUUCCCGCAAGCAGGGCGAGGUCCCUUUGUCUGUGCCCUGGGACCCCAGAAACCAGGUGUAUCUGAGCUAUAACAAUGUUUCUGCUCUGAAGAUGUUGGCUGCUAGAAACAAGUGGCGACUCAGCUCUGAGAAAGACAAGGUUCGUCUUUACACCAUGGAGCAGAAGUCCACGUUGAGUUUCAGGGUGGAGUCAAAGGUGGAUGUUCCUGCUCACAGAGCUUUUUGUCUGCUGGCUGAGCUGAGCAACAGGCCGAGCUGGGACAUACAUUAUCAGAAAUGUGAGCUGAUUCACCAGGUGGACGAUGAUGACUUCCUGUAUCGAGUGGUGACCCCAUCAGUGAGUCACGGUGCAGUAGGUUCCCAGACUUCAGCCCAUCAGGGAGAAGGGAUUCUGCAGGACUUCAUCUUGUUGGCUUCCAAGAGGAAGCCGUGUGGCAGCGGAGAUCCAUACGUCAUCGCACUGCGCUCAGUGUCCCUGCCCACUUACCCUCCCACUGAAGGAUACAAUAGAGGAGAGGUUCUGUGUGCUGGAUUUACCAUACUGGAGACCAGAAACAACAUGUCACUGAUCAGUUACUAUAACCAGGCGUCUCCAGAGGUUCUUCCCUACAUCUCCACAGAUAUCGCCGGCCUCUCUUCCUCGUUCUACCACAACUUCUGCUCCUGCAGCCAAUACUUGACCAGGAACAGACUGCAGUCCGCCUCUGAGGUGCAGACGGGCCAAUACCAGGCCACGAAUACAGACGGUCCCGCCUGUGAUAUUGAAGCUGACAAUCUGUCAGUGGCCCUCCGCAGCACCCAGCUGUAGUCAGUCAGUGGUCCUCCCCAGGCCAGUUUACAAGCGUAGUGAGGUCCUGCUGCUGUUUAUCCAACAUGGUACUAUUAACACUGUCAGUGUCCUCAGUGAACAAAAAGUGAUAUUUACAUUUAAAAAAAGAAUACUUUGUUGAUUUUUGAAAUAACUGUCAAUGCUCACUCUAAAUUCAUUGUUCAUUAUUGUGACACAAAUAAAACAUUGUAAUCUGUGUCACUAAUGGUCAGAUCAUGUUUUUUUUUAUGUUUGCAGAUCUAAGUUAAAUGUUCAUUUGAUUCUAAAUCCAACCAAGUGUGAGGUUUAUAGGAAAUGCGGAGUGCAUUUUUAUAAACACUAACCGAUGAGAGAACUGUCUACAUUUGCUUAGCACAAAGUAACAUCUGUCUUUUGAUUAAAAAAACUUGUUUCAUAAAUAUGAACAAAUAAGCCAGUCCUUGAGCCAGUCCUGUCAUCUAGUCUGCCUGAAGCAAGCCGCCGUACCACGAGGCGCCUCGCUCACCAAUUCCAUGCCUGAACUUACAGGGGUUCCCUCUGAAUACUUGGACUUUAAGGAGGUUUUCAACAAAUCCAAGGCCAUGUCUCUGCCUCCCCCAUGAUUGUGCCAUCGACCUCCAUCCUGGGAUGUUCCCACCUAAGGGGCGCCUUUAUUCCCUGUCUGCUCCUGAAAGAGAGGUGAUGGACAAGUAUAUUAAAGACUCCCUGGCUUCCGGUCUCAUACGGCCCUCGUCCUCUCCCGCAGGUGCUGGAUUUUUCUUCGUGGAGAAGAAGAACAAGACUCUCAGACCGUGCAUCGACUACCGGGGCUUAAAUGAGAUCACGGUUAAGUGCACCACGUUCAGUCCGUGCUUCAACGCCUACUGGAGAACUCCCUGUUCGUGAAGGCGGAGAAGUGCGAGUUUCACGUUCCCACGGUUUCAUUCCUGGGGUAUAUCGUUUCCCAGGGCAGCAUCCAGAUGGACCCCGCUAAGGUUGCUGCCGUCACUACCUGGCCUGUCCCAAACUCCGUCAAGCAGCUUCAAUGUUUCCUGGGGUUUGCCAAUUUCUAUAGGAGGUUCAUCAGGAAUUAUAGCGCUGUCGCUAGCUCACUGCCCUCACCUCCUCAAGGAUUCCUUUCCUGUGGACUCCUGCAGCCGAAGAGGCCUUCCAGAAUCUGAAGUCCAGGUUCACCUCAGCACCCAUCCUCCAAGUCCCGGAUCCGGACAGACAAUUUGUGGUGGAGGUGGAUGCCUCCGACAUAGGGGUUGGGGGUGUCCUGUCCCAGCGCUCGGCCACUGACCAAAAGCUCCAUCCCUGCGACUUUUUCUCGCGUCUGCUUUCCCCCGCCGAGAGAAGCUAUGACAUUGGCAACCGAGAACAACUAGCAGUGAAGCUGGCCCUGGAGGAGUGGUGUCGCUGGUUGGAGGGGACCAAGCUCCCAUUCCUGGUUUGGACCGACCAUAAGGCCCUCGAGUACAUCCGCACGGCCAAGAGACUAAAUUCCCGACAGGCCAGGUGGUCACUAUUCUUCACACGGUUCCACUUCACGCUCUCCUAUCGCCCUGGGUCCCGCAAUGUCAAGCCGGAUGCCCUUUCCCGUCAGUUCUAGGGGGAGGAGGAACUUACCUCUGGCCCCUCGUCCAGCUUCCCUGCCUCCUGCCAAGUAGCCGUCCUCACCUGGGAGAUUGAGGAGUCAGUGAGGGCCGCAACUAGGGGUCAAGCCGGUCCCAGCGCGUGCCCUCCUAACCGCCUGUUCGUCCCUCAGGGCCUGCGGUCCAACAUCCUCCAGUGGGCACACUCCUCGAGACUUACCUGCCACCCGGGCAUCCAGAGGACCCAGGACGUUCUGCGGCAGCGUUUCUGGUGGGUCUUGCUCGACGAGGACACCAGGGAAUUCGUCAACGCCUGCCCAGUGUGCAAUCAACAAAAACCUUCCCACUCAUCUCCCUGCAUGAGGCUCCUUCCUCCGGGCCCAAGGAACCCUACCACCAGACCCCCUCCACACACUGUGGACUCUGACUCUGCGGCCUCGGAGGAGUUCUAACCCUCCUUCGGGCCCCCACCACCCUCCCUUGGGAGACGGUUAUGUUUUGUUUUGGGUUUUUUGGGACUUCUGGAGCUGUCCCUUUGGGGGGGGGGGGGGCUCUGUCACAG